AUGGACGAUUUAACUGCAAGUUCCCCGGCCUCGGGCUCGGUUCGUGUAGAUGGGGUCACCAUUAAGGAGGAGGAGCCCGAUCACGACCAGGUAAAUGGGCAAGCAUUCAAAACUAUUGAUUGGGCUGCACAGGAACAGCAGGACGAAGAUGAUAUUAACAAAAUAUUUUCGAACGAGGGAAGAGUUACCAUGCCGGAAAACUUCGAACUAUUUGGCGACAAAGUAAUCGAUCAAACGGAUAAGGCAGUAGACGCCAUCGAUUUCGAAGACAUCAGCGAUAGUGACCUGGCUUCGGAUGACGGUUCUAGUGCUGUUGGUGCGGGCAUCUCGCAAGUUCCUGGUCUUACUGAAGAUGAAGGUACGAGCCAUGAGAACGAAUAUAUGGAUGACCUCUUUGGAGGCGGCCCCGAAGGCGAACCAGAUUUUCCAUCUUCACCACCUGCAGCCGACACGGCAGCAGAGCAACCCUCGGGUGGCUUAACUAUGCCAACCAAGACUGUACUGGUUAAAGAACGCGACGUUACGGACGAGGCUUGGAAGAACAUGUCAUUUGAGGAGAGGCAGAGACUUAAUUUCCCCCAGUAUAACUUGUCCAUAGAUAAAUGGAUGAACCAGGUCAGCAAAGAGGAUACCACAGUUCAGAAGGUUCCUGAAAAUGUAGAUGAGCUCCUGGCGCAGAAAUUCCCAGGUUUUGCAAAACAUAAGACUCUCUUCUUCAACCAGCUGUUCCCGGAAUGGCCCGCAGAAUACAUAUACAAGGAACCCCCGAAUAAGGACAGGGAUCCUCCCGAGUUUGUACCUACCAAGCUUGAGCUAGAACUGGAAGCCGAUUCCUCAAAACUAUUUAGGAUCCCGGAGAGUGCUCUGUCUGCUCAGAGAGGCGGUUACAAUGACGAGGACGACCGGGGCUUAGAUGCCACAGAUAGCUACUCAGACACCUCAGCCUCAGAACAGUCACUUAUUGGGGGCUUCAGCUUAGACGAGAUUGCCACAGUAUGCGACGACUGGAGCUCGUUCGCGCAUGCCGACUCAUCUAUUCAGAAGGGUAUCACUGCUGUCGACAAUGAUGACGAAAUGGAUGAUUGGGAGAGAGAAUUCUUGCAACCGCAAGCUACGAAGAAGCGACGUAGAUACGAACCUGGUCUCCCGAAGAUAUCAUCGUAUGAUACUCGCCAUAUUGAUGACUUCCUCGGAGAGACGCGGCGAGCUAGCAAACACGUCAGACUAGACUAUGACGACCCCUACCUUUUGAUCGAUAAAGAUGGAGGGAAGGAGCGACCAUCUAAACGCCCGAAGGUCGAGGAGAAGACUAAGAGAAUGGCUAACGGCCAGCUGAGAAGAGAUGUAAUGCAUCACUUUAACCUCUCCAACGACGACGCGUACGAGGCGCUGAAGGCGAAUCACAAGAGCAAAGUCAGAGCUACUCUUUCAAAUCUUUCCGUCGAGCACAGCUUGCCGGCGCUCAAGCUAACUUUUCCCUUCUAUCGAACCAAGGUUGACGUCAAGCCUUGGGAGCAUCACCGCAAAAGGUUUGAGCUAGAUAAGAUCGUGAAGCAUGCUAUUGGCGUACGCAAAGCAACGAAGGUUAGGCGAAAGGAUACGAAAGGAAAGACCAAUCAGGAGAUCUUCCGUAAUACGAAAGACCUCAGCUUAAACGACAACUCUACAGCUGUUCUCUUCGAAUACUGCGAGGAAUUCCCCACCAUGAUGUCCAACUUUGGCAUGGGUAGCCGCGUGAUCAACUAUUACCGCCGCAAAGAUCGAAAUGACGAGGAUAAGCUCCCGAAACUCGACAUCGGCGAAGGUCACCUGCUGCUACCAGAAGAUAGAUCGCCCUUCUCUAUAUUCGGUACUGUGGACCCGGGCGAGACGGUCCCCACGUUGCACAACGAGAUGUAUCGUGCCCCGAUCUUCAGACAUGAGCCUAGACCAAAUGAUUUCAUUCUCGGAUAUUCAACAAACGCUACCGAAGGUCCGAAGUUCUAUCUUCGCAAAAUUGAUCAUGUCUACACGGUUGGGCAGACGUUCCCUUCGUUGGAGGUGCCUGGUCCCCAUGCCAGGAAGGUCACAAAUACGUCGAAGAACCGUCUCAAGAUGAUCGCAUAUCGCAUGAUGAAGAAGAAGGAAACGCAGGAUGUGGGCCUUAACGAAAUCACACCUCAUGUAUUCGAGAAGCCAGAUCCACAAAACAGACAGAAGAUGAAAGAAUUUCUUCUGUACGACAGAGAGAGGAAGACAUGGGUUUUGCCGGAAGGGCAAACGCUCAUGGACGAAGCCGCUAUACGAUCUAUGAUCAAGCCGGAAGAUGCAUGCCUGAUAGAAGCUAUGCAAAUCGGCCAGGAGACGUUAGCAAAUGCCGGCUACGAUCCUAAGGACAGGGAAGAGGAUGAUGACAAUGCGGAAGAACCAUUGGUGGCUAAGAUGGCACCAUGGGAACUUACCAAGAAUUUCAUCGAUGCCAGCGCGGGCAAGGCUAUGGUGGCCCUCCAUGGCGAAGGCGAUCCUACCGGCCACGGCCUUGGAUUCAGUUUUAUAAAGACGUCUAUGAAGGGCGGUUAUAUAAAUGCUGUACAGGGCCCCCUGGCUACUUCGGCAGAUGCGAUUGAACGCGAACGUAAGGCGAACGGCGGCCAUUCGUACAACGUCAAGAAGCAGCAGGAUAUGUAUAACGCGGCCAUUCAUCAGAUCUGGGAGAGACAGAAGAGCACACUUAGCGACCCUACUACGCAUGACGACGCAGACGUUCUUGAUACAGCUAAUGAGGAUGAUCGCUUCAAUUCGAGACAGCCCGAUAUGACCCCUGCGCCGGUGGAUGACGGACGUAGCCAGUUCAGCCGCUUCAGUGCAGCUAGCCGUUCGGGCAGGAAGAAGCUCAAGAUCAUUCGUAGGAAGCGGAACGAAUCCGGAGAGAUUAUCACGGAAACCAUCAUCCUAGAUAAUCAGACAGUCAUAAGGAGCUAUCUAAGACAACGCCGAGAAAUUGACGAAAAGAAUAGAGAUGUCUAUAGUCUACAGCCUACUGCCGAUGCGGAUGACAAUCGCGAGAAGCAGAAACUUGUCGACAAGGAGCUCUCGAGGCUCCUCAAGAACCAAGAUCGACGCCAAAUCCGCGAGAAGCAAGGCAAGAGUAAAAAGAAGAAGAACGACACUAACCCUGACGCAUCUCCGGAUCCGCCCGCUGGUGAUAAGGCAUCAGCCGGUACGACUCGAAAAUGUGCCAACUGCGGACAAGUAGGACACAUCAAAACAAACAAAAGCAAAUGUCCCCUGCUUAACGGGACAAUCACGACGAGCAAUGGGGGUGCCGACCAUGGCGGAUUCGGCUCUUUCGGAGCACCGUCUGCUGCACCGUCAUCGGCUAACGAGUAA